UCACAAUCGCAAGAAGCGAUUCAGUGAAUAACAAACUGAUAGUGUGCUCUUGGAGGAAUGGUUUAAUGAAACAGAGUAACAUGAAAAACAUCCUGCGAAAAUCUAGGACAAGGCCAACAACGUCAAGCUUCCGUCCAAAAUUUGGAAGACUUCAUAUUGUAAGACAAUCUCGGCAAGUGCUUGAUUUUGAUAAAGUUGGCCAGUCGACAGACAGACCAAAUGCCAACAGGUUUUACCGUGAAAAUGGUUUUGGUACCUCUGUAAUAGUCCAGUUUAUUGUUGGUAUUGAGGACAUCAGCACAGGUGAAUUGUGGGACUGCUCCAUCAAGAAUAAACAAAGGAAGCUUUUUCUGGAAAAUGGCUUGUUUUUCAUAGACGUGAAAAUCUCUCCAAAUGGUCUUGUGUGCUUCCCUGGGAGCGACUUCAAACAAAACCAGCUUCCAGACCACCUGGGAAAUGUAAAGUGUGUUUUGCCAGUUGAAGAAGACGAGCCUCUGCGUUACAAUAUCCAGAUCAAACUAUACCAAAAUAACUGUGACGUGAAAACAUGUUUGGAUUGUGUGGAGUUUACUGUUCAUACUCACGAAGAAGGUCAUGAUGUGUAUGACUACCAAGAAGGACGAGGAAUAGCCGAGGUGGAAAGACCACAACUUAAGAUAAAGAUGACAGGUAUUCUUGCUGAAGAGAUUGGAAGGGAAAUAAUUAUGCUUUUCCAGAACUUGGGUGAUAAUGGUUGUUAUGAUAAGUUCUUUAUGGAACAAAGGAAAUUACAAGAAGGACUUGCAAUGUUAGAGGAGCGAUUUGGGAAAAAUCAUUUUAAGGAUGUUGAACUAUCGGUGAAACUAGAGGAAAGCAUUCUGCUGUUUGAAAAACAUCAAAUGGAUGACUGUGUAAGAACUGCCACAGAAGUAAUCAAUGAAAUCAUAGCCAAAAAUAUUACAAACGGUCCGUUUUUGAUGGCCAAAGCUCAUUACAUCAUAUCAGCGGUAUACAGACAAUGUGGAAACUUUGAUAUGGCCAAGCAACAUAUGGAAGAGUCAACUGAGAUACUAGAGUCUGUGGUCGUUUGUGAAGAAACAGCUGUAAACCAAUACAACUGGGCGGCGCUGUUGUCUGAGAAGGCUGCCAAAUCUUCAUUGUCACUGGUCGAACAAAAGGAUGCUGAGUUUCGUUUUCAAAAUUGUCUUCUCCAUUGGAGUGCACAGACACAAAACGACUCGAACCGCUGCCCGAUGAGAGCGCUGAUUCGAAAUAUCAAUUUCCAUUUGCGGACAAGCCGCCAAACCUAUCCUGAUGAGAGGAAAUCAGUCAGCGAAUAUGGACUUAUCCGAGCAUACCAAACAAUCAAAAACGUCGAGCAGAAUCUUUUAAAAACUUGUUCAGAAAGACACAAAGUGACAUUUCGUGUUGCCAAGUCAGAUUAUUACAUAAGAAAGGCGAUGAUGUACGAAGAAGACAAAAAACAAUGCGCUGAAAAAGCCAUUACGAUUCUAGAGGAUACCCUUAAAACCGCUAUUCGUCUUAAGCUUGAAAACGAAAUCAACGGCAUAAAUGACAGAAUGAGACAUCUUUCAGUACUGCUUGAUAGAGAGUGCCACGAAAAACGAUACCAAAGUCAGCCUUUUGGAAGGAGAAGAGCAGAGGAGAAUGAUGGUCGGACAAUAAUCGAUUUACUGGAGGAAUUGUGUACAAUACAGCUGGACAUGACAAAAAAUUGAUUAAUUCAGUACAUCUUAUAUAUUAUAUAUAGUUAUUACAGUAUUAUUUUAUUAUUCGAAUCUAUUGAGCAAUCCCAUUCAGUCGAUGUGGCACACGUUGCUAACUUUGUAAAUAACUCGUGUCGAUAAACCGGAUAAAAAGGAAAAGUGCUGGAAA